UUUCCCAGAGUUCAUCGACCCUGAACAGACCUCACAGGACCAGGUCAGGUUCACACUGAGACUGUUCCACAUCACAGAAACCAGCAGGACCAACGGCAGGAGACCAGGACCGACUCCAGAGACCGAAAACCAGGACAAAACCUCAUCCAGCUCCUGAUCUGAGCUGACGGUGUGACAGACAUAAAGCAGCAUGGCGGUGGGCCUGCAGAUUGUGGGUCUGGUUCUGGGCGUGGUGUCCUGGUGUCUGCAGUCCAGCUGUACGUCCUCUCAGGUGUGGAAGAUGAGGAGUCAGGUGGAGUCUCUCACCAGCAGCCAGUGGCAGUUUGAAGGUCUGUGGAUGAGCUGCGCUGCCACCUCGCUCGGGUCGGUCCAGUGCAGCAGGUUCAAGACGGUGCUGGGACUCCCGGCUCACCUUCAGACCUGCAGGGCUCUGAUGAUCCUGUCCCUGUUGGUUGGUUUCGCCGCCAUCAUCGUCUCUGUGCUCGGACUGAAGUGCACCAAGAUCGGCAGGACCUCGGAGCACGCCAAAGACCAGAUCGCCCUGAGCGGAGGAAUCCUGUUCAUCCUGUCUGGUCUCUUCACUCUGAUCGCCGUGUCGUGGUACGCCGCCAGAGUCAUCCACGACUUCUACGACCCGCUGCGUGGAGCAGUCAGGUUCGAGCUGGGUACUGGUCUGUAUCUGGGCUGGGCGGCCUCGGGUCUGGCCUUACUGGGAGGAUCUAUGCUCUGCUGCUCCUGCAGGAAGUCCUCCUCCUCCUCCUCCUCCUCCCCUGCUCGCCAGUUUUCAUACAACUUCACCACCACGAGCCGAGGACAGAGCAUCUACAGAGCAGCUCCGGCCUCCGACAGCAGCUUCUCCAAAGCUUACGUCUAAAACUGCUUCCUGUCUGAAACUGUUUCAAGAAGCCUCUGAGUUUCUUCUUUCUGGAAAUGAAACCAACGUGAGAUGAGUUUUUUAUUGUGAAGGAAACUGAUCCUUUGAUUUCAACCUGAUCCUUUUGUAUUAGUGACGUCUCUGAAUAUCAGGAUGAGGAUUAUUAUGAACUGUUGUAAAUAAAACCUUUCCUCAUCUUUUUUUUUUAUUUUCAGAUCUUUGAUUUGAAAGUUUCUCUGGUUCAGAAAGUUGAGAUUAAAGCCUGAUUAUAAUCUUUAUGAUUCACACUCUGCUGCUUUGGUGAGAGAAGUGAAUGAUCCAGAGUUUGUAGAAACCUGAUUCAAAAUACAUGAACUUAAAUUUAGCCAAAACCAGUAAAUAAAUACAGAAAAAAAGAAUAGCAGAAAAAAAUCUAGUAAAAUAUGGAAUAAAUGUGGAUAAAUACACAUAAUAAAGAAAAACAAAUGAACGAA